CUUCUGCGCACAUAAACCCCUUGAAAACUGCCACUCGCAUAUCCGGCGCGUUAAAGCCACGUACGAUUAAGCGUGGUGAGUCUUUUCUUCUGCUCUUUCGUUGACUUAAUCCUUAAUCCUUAUUUCUAUCACUUUGGUAGACACAUUUACAUCGAACGAGUUGCACAACUUGCAAGUGGUGUUUGUGUUUCACAAAAUCUGGUUAUCGAAUCUGUGACAAAUUUUGCAGAUCGGGUUUUGGUUUUUACUCAAUCAGGUACUAUCAAUUUAUUUUCGCUUAUGAGAAUCUGAUUGUGGAUUCAGCAAUAAUUGAGCAUGGAAUCAGAACUGACACUUCAUGAAGGUGGGUGCCAUUGUGGAAAAAUCAAAUGGAGAGUCAAAGCGUCGACGAGUGUAGUGGCUUGGAGCUGCAACUGCACAGAUUGUUCAAUGAGAGGCAAUGUUCAUUUCAUUGUUCCUUCAAGCAACUUUGAGCUUCUUGAUGAUUCCAGUGACUUCAUUACUACUUACACUUUUGGGACUCACACGGCCAAGCAUACUUUCUGCAAGGUCUGUGGGAUCACGUCGUUUUACAUCCCAAGGUCUAACCCCGAUGGAGUCGCUGUCACGGUUAAGUGUGUCAAGUCGGGGACACUGGAUCAUGUUGAGGUUAAAAGCUAUGAUGGUCAGAACUGGGAAAUGUCCCACAAAAAGACCGGUAUUGCCUCGUUUUCCAAAGAGUGAUAUGAUAAGAUCAACUCAAGAGUGUAAUGGCCAAGAAGAAAAGAAUCUAAAGCAGUCAUCAAAAUUUCACCUUAAGAAACACAGGGGAGAAACAAUUUGGAAAACUAGAAAAGCUUUUUUGCCUAAACCCUUUUGAGAAUAAUGCUCAGGGUAUUGAGUUUCGAGUUGUUCAAAUCUACACAUGUAGACACCUGUGUUCAUGAUAAGUUUAUAUGAUUUCAUUUCUUGCUAA